AAAAGAGUCACCGGGAAAGGGCAGAAUCAGAGGCUAUCCAAGUUACAAGAUAUCCAGUUAAACAUGAAAAAGUUGGAGGAUCAAAUAUCAUCAUGGAGAAUGAUGAUUACAGACAUACCUGGUGUGACAUGUUUUGAGGACUUGCCUGUUAAAUUUGCAGCUUUACAGAAAGAAGUCAUUCAUAGUACACAGAAGGAGGGCGAGAUAACUGCUCGCAUGAAACAAAUGGAGGUGGCUCUAGAUGCUAUUGAAAUUGGUAAAAAAAAUGCUGAAGCUGAGGCUGCGUUGGCUAAAGAGAAAGCAGAAGUAUUGAUAUCAGAAAUUAAACGAAUUGAAUUAAUGGUCAGUGUUUGAUUAG